CUUCCUAUUUUUCUGAAGUCAAUUUCUUCGUCAUCAUAUUCAUCCAAAUCCAACGCCGGCUCCGGCCCUUUUAUCACCAAUAAGAUUUAACCUUGUCGUUGACUCAAGGUUUUUCUGAAAAAAGAAAUUAAGAGAUAAAUCAUGUUCUUUUCGCCAUAAAUGUUCUUCUGCACCGUAUUAUAAUAUUGCAUCAACGGAGAAAGCGAAGAAUAAGUGGGUGAAUUAAAUAUACAGAAUCUGCAAAUUCUUGACUUGCGUCCUCUACCAUUUUUCAUCAGGAACUAGAGCCCAGAGAAGAACGAAAUGGCCGAGCCUGAUGCUAAUGGUGUCGCUUAUGAUCUCCAUGCCCUUCUCUCUUCUGAGGACAGAGACUUUCUCAUCCGCAACAAUGGUGAUCAGGUUAAAAUAAAUUAUUUGAGUGGAAAGCUUGUGGGUUUAUAUUUUUCUGGCUCAUGGUGCGGUCCUUGUCGCAUGUUUACCCCAAAACUAGUACAAGUCUACCAAGAGCUCUCAUCAAAAGCCGACUUUGAAGUUGUUUUCAUUUCAACUGAUAGAGAUGACGAAUCCUUUGAUGGUUACUUUUCCAAGAUGCCAUGGCCUGCUAUUCCAUUUUCUGAUUUAGCUAUCAGAAAACACCUCAGGGAAUUAUUCAAAGUCAGAGGGAUACCUCAUCUUGUUAUCCUUGAUGUCAACGGAAAGGUUUUAAACGAUAAAGGGGAUAGAUUAGUUAAGGAUUAUGGAGUUGAUGCCUAUCCCUUUACGCCAGAGAGGAUCAACUUUUUGAAGGAGCAAGAAGAGGAAGCUAAAAGGAAUCAAUCCCUGAGCUCUCUCUUGGUUUCGACCCCUGCUGAUUACUUAAUUUCUAAUGAUGCAAAUAAGGUUCUUGUGUCUGAUCUUGAAGGAAAAAAUGGGUGGGCUUGUAUUUUGUUUACUCAUUCUCAUAGGCCAUAUCAAGAGUUCACUGCAAAACUUGUGGAAAUUUACAAGAAGCUCAAAGAGAAGGGAGAGAACUUUGAGAUUGUGUUUAUAUCUUUAGACAAUGAGGAGGAGUCCUUCAAGAGAGGAUUGGAAACAAUGCCAUGGUUGGCUUUACCAUUUUCAGACAGACGAUGUCAGAGGCUUAUUAAUUACUUUGAGCUUGAGGGCUUGCCUACACUGACAAUCUUAGGGCUUGAUGGGAAGACUUUGAACCCCAAUGUUGCUGAUCUUAUUGAAGAUCAUGGUAUCGAAGCAUACCCUUUUACGCCAGAAAAGGUUAUUGAACUUGCUGAGAUUGAAAAGGCAAAACAGGAAGCACAGACUCUGGAAUCAAUCUUGGUUUUGGGGGAAAAAGAUUUCGUAAUUGAGAAAAAUGGUUCUCAGGUUCCAGUUUCUGAACUAGUUGGAAAGACAAUUCUUCUCUAUUUCUCAGCUCACUGGUGCCCCCCAUGUCGUGCAUUUUUACCCAAGCUUAUCAAAUUAUAUGAUGAGAUUAAGGCAAAAGACAAUGCAUUUGAGGUUAUAUUCAUCUCAAGUGACCGUGACCAAGCAUCUUUUAAUGCAUUCUUUGCAAGCAUGCCCUGGUUAGCCCUCCCCUUUGGCGAUGAGAGGAAAGCAUUCCUGCAAAGGAAAUUCAAAAUCAGAAGCAUUCCUGCUGUCAUCGCCAUUGGUUCUACAGGCAGAACAGUCACUAAAGAAGCUCGGCAGUUGAUAACAGUUCAUGGAGCCGAUGCUUAUCCAUUCACCGAAGAGCAUUUGAAGCAAUUGGAGGAAAAACUUGAUGAAAAAGCGAAGGGGUGGCCUGAGAAAAUGAAGAAUGAGGUGCAUGUAGAGCAUGAACUUGAGCGCAUCAAACGCAAUGGAUAUAGAUGUGAUGGGUGCCAGGACAUAGGACAUGGCUGGUCUUAUUCUUGCAAGAGAUGUAACUUUGAUCUUCACCCAAAAUGUGCUUUGAAGGAAGGUGAAGGGAAAGAUAAAGCUGCUGAAGGAAAAGAAGGUUGGACCUGUGAUGGAGACAUAUGCCGCAAAGCUUGAAUAACUAGCUGAUCAAAGGGUAUAUGGUCUUGUAAUGCAUGUAUUUGAAGUCUUUGAAGAGUAUUGUUUAUGGAAAGUAAUAGAAGUAAUAAUAGACUUAUGUCUUUUUAA